AAGCAAAAUCAUUUUGCCAAAAUGGGCAACAUCGAAGACCGUUUGGCCGAGCUAGGCCACGAACUUCCUCCUGCGGGCGCCCCCAAGGGCAACUACGUCAACGUCGUGCGCACCGGGGACUACAUCUAUACUGCUGGCCACCUGCCCGUGACGGCUGCGGGGGAGCUGAUUACUGGCAAACUGGGCAAGGACUUGACCGCGGAGGAAGGGUACGCAGCCGCACAACGUGUUGCUUUGGCUCUGCUGGCCACGCUCAAGAAGGAACUGGGUGAGCUGGACCACAUCAAGCGCGUCGUUAAGCUCACAGGCUUCGUCAACUGCGUGGACACGUUUACGGCCCAGCCCAGUGUGAUCAACGGCGCAUCGGACGCCGUGUUCGCUAUCUUCGGAGACAAAGGCAAGCACGCACGUUCUGCUGUGGGCACCAACGCUCUACCGCUCAACGUAGCGGUGGAAAUUGAGGCCAUCGUGGAAGUGGAGACUGGCGCGCCCUCGCUCUCGUAGACUAAUGAAGCUAAAUUCCCCUCCCUUGUAUAAUACAGGGCAGCGAAGUAACA